AUGGUAGCGACUAGAACCGGAGCUGGAGACAGUGGAGAUACGACCACCGAAGAUUCGAUGCAGUCAACCAGCCAGCACACCGAGUCUACAUUCGCCGGCUGGCCUGCACAGACCACCGGUCAAACCGACAGCAGCACGACGCAGCCGCCCGCUUCCACCAGCGAAACCGGGGCAACACAGCCACCCGCCUUCACCAGCGAGCCCGCUCGACCAACCACCAUGCAACCCAGCGCGCUGACCGUCAACCUGCCUGCUCCACCGUCAACCUCUAGUCAUGCCACUACCGCAACCAGCAACAUGGCCAACUUACCGGCUCCAGCCGUCAGCUACAUCGGCAACCUCAGCCAGCUGACCAGCAUAGCGACCCUGCUACCGUUCUUCCGCGGCAAGCUCCAUGAAGACCCCAUCACCUUCAUGAGUAGAUAG